AUAGUAAUGUAUGGCUGAGCGUGCACACGGCAAGUAGUCGUCCCCGGAUAAAAAUCAAUUCUUUCAAAAUAGCUUAGUGAAAAUGGCCACGGAUAGCUUUAUAAUUAAAAACGGACGGAUAAUAAAUAACAAUAGUGUUGUAGAUAUGAUUGGGGAUGUAUAUGUGAGAAAAAAUGAGAUAAUUUCCGUCGGUGUACCUAUAAACACUGACUGCCAUGAUAAUGGAAAUGUAGCAGUCUUCGAUGCUUCACAGUGUCUAAUAUUAUCAGGAUUAAUUGAUUUACACGUACAUGCUUAUGAAUAUGCAACUCCCCUGGGUAUCAACAUUGAUAAAUAUUGCCUUGCUCGGGGAGUAACUACUGUGGUAGACGCAGGCAGUUCAGGUGCCUGUACGUUUCCUGGUUUGAAGAAGUUUAUUGCUGAAAGAAGUGAAACAAGGUUAUUAUGUUUCCUGCACAUUGCCUCGCAUGGUCUUGCUGCGGCGGGAUGUUCUGGCUUUGGAGCUGGUGGCGAAUGCGACCAUCUUAACCAGGUCGAUGUUAACGCCUGCACAACCACCAUCGCCGCCAACCAAGAUGCAGUAGUGGGGGUCAAAGUUCGACUCAGUGCUGAUGUCGCUGAUAACGGAAAGCAUGAAGAAGAAGUUUACAGGAGAGCCUUGACUGCUGCUAGAAAAUGUAACGUACCCUUAAUGGUUCAUCAUAUAACGAGUACAAUACCAGUACAAGAUUUAGAGGGUAGAAACGGACUUAGUUGUCCAGGUAAUUUAGAUGCCGGUGAUGUCUAUACACAUACAUUCCAUGGCUAUGCCAGCACUAUUAUAGACUCGGUCACCAAGACAGUUCUACCAGCCAUUCACGAUGCUCAAAGACGUGGAGUUAUAUUUGAUGUGGGACAUGGGCAGGGGUCGUUUUCGUGGACAGCUGCUGAAAUUGCUGCCAAAGAAAAUUUCUGGCCGGAUACUAUAAGUACAGACAUGCACUCCGGGAAUAUCCACGGUCCAGUAUACGAUUUAUCUUUGGUUAUGAGUCGAUUUUUACAUCUUGGUAUGCCAUUAUCUAAAAUUAUAUCGGCCGUAACUUCAACCCCAGCAAACGUCAUAGGACGGGCCAAGACUCUCGGUUCUUUGGAAGUUGGGCGAGAAGCCGAUAUCACUGUUUUGAAAAUGGUGGAUUGUGACAUGACUCUAGAAGACUGUCAAGGACAGGUUAGAAACAUUAAAAAGAGAUUCGUUCCUGUGGCCGUUUGGAAAAAUGGUCGAAUGUUUCCGAUUGUAAAUAUUGACAAGUGUCCCAAUGAAAAGUCGCGCUGUAAUGGCGUUAAUGAAUGGGAUAAACUUAAAGUUAAAGAUGAAAAUAAACCCAGUUCUUUAUGAA